AAGCCGAGAGUUGCUCACGUGACCGAGAUCUCACAUGACGUAGAUGCUCACGUGAUCAAUCGCUUACGUGAGCAGAAGUAGUUCUGGUCGUCGUCUAUCGUCUCGCUAUAGCCGUUUGAGGGAAGAAGAAGGAAAAUCCCCCGGUCUCGUUGGAGUCCUGCAGCAAACAUUUUUAAAGUAUUUCUGUCGACCAGAUACCUGGAAGAAACUCUAACAGGGUCAAAGGAUAAUUCCUUAAGGCACAUACCUGAAGUGGAUUUUCUGUCAGAAGCCACAUUGAAUUUGCAUUGAGCCAAGCUUGCCACCAAGAGUCCAUCAGUCACCAUGAUGCUGAGCACAGAGGGCAGGGAGGGGUUCGUGGUGAAGGUCAGGGGCCUACCCUGGUCCUGCUCAGCCGAGGAAGUGAUGCGCUUCUUCUCUGAUUGCAAAAUCCAAAAUGGCACAUCAGGUGUUCGUUUCAUCUACACCAGAGAAGGCAGACCGAGUGGUGAAGCAUUUGUCGAACUUGAAUCUGAAGAUGAAGUGAAAUUGGCUUUAAAGAAAGACAGAGAAACCAUGGGACACAGAUAUGUUGAAGUAUUCAAAUCCAACAGUGUUGAAAUGGAUUGGGUGUUAAAGCAUACAGGUCCAAAUAGUCCUGAUACUGCCAAUGAUGGUUUUGUACGACUCAGAGGACUCCCAUUUGGCUGUAGCAAGGAAGAAAUUGUUCAGUUCUUUUCAGGGUUGGAAAUUGUGCCAAAUGGGAUGACACUGCCAGUGGACUUUCAGGGGCGGAGCACAGGGGAAGCUUUUGUGCAGUUUGCUUCACAGGAGAUAGCUGAGAAGGCCUUAAAGAAACACAAGGAAAGAAUAGGGCAUAGGUACAUCGAAAUCUUCAAGAGUAGCCGAGCUGAAGUCCGAACCCACUAUGAUCCACCUAGAAAGCUCAUGACUAUGCAGCGCCCGGGUCCUUACGAUAGGCCAGGGGCUGGAAGAGGGUAUAAUAGCAUUGGCAGAGGAGCCGGGUUUGAAAGAAUGAGGCGGGGUGCCUAUGGUGGAGGGUAUGGAGGCUAUGAUGACUAUGGAGGUUAUAAUGACGGGUAUGGUUUUGGGUCUGAUAGAUUUGGAAGAGACCUAAACUACUGUUUCUCAGGAAUGUCUGAUCAUAGAUAUGGAGAUGGUGGGUCCAGUUUCCAGAGCACCACGGGGCACUGUGUACAUAUGAGGGGGUUACCAUACAGAGCCACCGAGAAUGAUAUUUACAAUUUUUUCUCACCUCUUAAUCCCAUGAGAGUGCACAUUGAAAUAGGACCUGAUGGAAGAGUUACUGGUGAGGCAGAUGUUGAGUUUGCUACUCAUGAAGACGCUGUGGCAGCUAUGGCAAAAGAUAAAGCAAAUAUGCAACACAGAUAUGUGGAGCUCUUCUUGAAUUCUACCGCAGGGACAAGUGGAGGAGCUUAUGAUCAUAGCUAUGUAGAGCUCUUUUUGAAUUCUACAGCAGGGGCAAGUGGUGGUGCUUACGGUAGCCAGAUGAUGGGAGGGAUGGGUUUAUCCAACCAGUCUAGUUAUGGAGGUCCGGCCAGCCAGCAGCUGAGUGGUGGCUAUGGAGGGGGUUAUGGUGGUCAGAGCAGUAUGAGUGGAUAUGACCAAGUUCUUCAGGAAAACUCAAGUGACUAUCAGUCAAACCUUGCUUAGGAAGCAAGGGACCAUCCAAUAACAUCUACAUGAAUAAAAGCUAUCUUUAUAGGAACUGGAUAGAGUAGGGAGGGUGUCUUUAUAUCCAGUAUGAUUGGUAAAUGGGAAGUACAACUGCUUCUGAUCACUAUUGGUCAGCUUCUUUCUUCUUUUUCCUUUUUUUUUUUUUAAAAAAAAGAACAAAAAUUUAAGUUUUAACAGUUUCGCAUUACAAGCUUGUGAUUCAUGCUUACUGUAAAGUGAAAGUUAAGAUUGUUUUCAAACUUUAAGCUCAGCAAUUUUGAACACUGAAAAUAUUCAUCUAGGAUGUAAUAACAAGUUCAGUAUUGACCAUAACUGUCAACUCCCCUUUGAGCUUUCCUCAAGUUAGUUAUGUUGUAGGAGUGUACUUAAGCAGCAAGCAUAUUUAGGUUUAAAGCAGUUUCACUUACGUUAAAUGUUGCUCUUAUACCACAAUACAUCGAAAACUUCAGAUGCAUGUUGAAAAACAUGCUUUUCUGUAAAAAAAAAUAUAUAUAGGAGCUGUGUCUAUGAUUCAAAGUGACAACAUUUGGCAUGUUUGUUAAUUCUAGCUUUUUGGUUUAAUAUCCUGUAAGGCACGUGAGUGUACACUUUCACUUUUUUUUUUAAAGAUCCGGAACAAUUUUGAGAUGUGAUACCAAUACAUUAGGAGUUUGGUCAUGUUAUUUGUAUGGAAUUCUGGGGCUUUGAUUUAAACCUUACCUUGUAUUGUGAAUUCCAUUUAGAUGUAUUGUACUAAGUGAAACUUGUUAAAUAAAUCUUCCUUUUAAAAACUGGAAAAA